GCAUACGCAAACAUUAAAUACUUCACACGUGUAACAUACCAUGGGAAACUGAUAUGAAGCUCCACCGUCCCUUCUAUUCCUUCUUCCGACUCAAUCUCACCUCUGUUGUCUGCCGCCAAUGUCAUCGCCCACUACAUUCCUUCACGCGCCGUCUCUUCAAGCUCCCCUCUCCUCCACCACAUCCAUCUGCCAACCACCAUGACCUCCCCUCCUUCCUCACCUACGCAGAGCGGACUUCUCUCUCCCCUAAUACUACGGCCUACAUAGGCACGCACUACGAAUAUAAAGUACAACGAACCCUCCGUUCCUCCGCCUUCAUGCUACACCGCGUCGGCGGCCGCGACGAUGCAGGCAUCGACCUUGUGGGAACCUGGCACCUUCCGCGCCGCGAACAUCCCAUUCGCGUGAUCGUGCAAUGUAAAUCACUAAAAACUAAACUGGGUCCGAACUUGGUCCGCGAGCUGGAAGGGACCUUUAACCAGUCGCCAGUGGGAUGGCGGACAGGUGACGAGGUUGGCAUCUUGGUUAGUCCGCGGGAGGCGACGAAGGGCGUUCGAGAUGCCCUAGCUAAAAGCUCAUAUCCGCUGAUGUGGAUGAUGAUUGAGCGUGACGGGACAUUACGCCAGGUCUUGUGGAAUGGGAGGGCUGAACAACUUGGCUUGGUGAACUUGGGUGUUGAGGUGAGGUAUUCGGCGGACGAAGAUGUGGAUUCGUCGAAGGGGGUUGUUCUCACCUGGGAUGGGGAGGAGAUUCCCAAUAUGGAACAGGUAGAGAAUCAGGUCAGUGCAGUUGAGGAUAGCUGGUUGCGGUCGUGGGGUGAUGGUUUCAAUGGAGGACAGAGGAACAAGUCGGAGCUGCUAGAUGCUGUUCAGGAGCUUUUUCCGGAAGAGAAGCCUCUGCUUUUUGGAACAGGGUCUUGUAGUACCUUGACUGAUGUGGAUAGGGUGAAGGUCAUGCAGUAUCUGGACGGCAAGAAGUCUGCUCAAGUUGAGGCAGCAUCGGGCAUGAAGCAUACAUCUACGUGAAACAAGGGACACGUUGGUACUGCGACGGUGAAGAGCCG